GAAUCUCAGUAGUCUUUCCGGCGUACAUCCCAAUUACUUGGGAUUACAAAAUUAUCCAAAUUUGUCAUACUUUUGAGCCAUGAUCAAUAUUCUUAGGACACUGUCAGGCAGAGGUCUUCAACUCACCAGGAGACUUCAUCGACGACCCCAGAUCUGCCAGAAGCCCGGAGUCUUUGUCCAUCCGGAGCUGCGUCGCACUAUUCCCCUCGUUUACUUCAGCAAAGGGGAACUGCCACCUAAACCGAAUCAAGAAGUCUCAUCCAACCGGCAGUGCGAAAUAUCUCCUUCGGAGAAGAAUCGAAAAAGCACGGAGGCCUUUGAUCAGUUUUGUAAAAGACAACGGCAAUGCUUUUCCAGCACCUACCAGUGGGCAGAGUUCCGGCGAAAGAUGAUCUACGGCAGUUACUAGUAUGAAGCCACCCAGAAAGGACCAAAUCCAGUGAAAGACUCCUUUUUAUUCAUUAGCCCCUGCAUUGUGACUUAAAAAGUGUUUUGUUUGGAUCUAAUUCGCCAGCGAAGUAAUAACAAGAGGCUUUAUAAGCCACAAUGCACUGCAGUCUGAAAUGCAUAGUUGAAUUCAAGCAAUAAAACAGGAUAACAUAGAU